CGCGCAAGUUCCCAACGACCAUUUCAGCAUCCUAAUUUAUCGGGGGUCUUUUUCUUCCCCACUGCGUGUGUCUCCUAGGCUAGGCAUCCCCCGCGAUGGCCAGUCCAGAGGAGAUGCUGGGCGUGGAGUUCACAGAAGGCGUCAAGCGGCCCUCGCUGGACAUCGAGAGCCUAGUACGGAAGAAGUUCAAGACGGAGGAGCUUCACAUCAGUCCAGCGAAGCGCACAGCCAUUGACGGUCUGCUCUACGCGUACAAGAAAAAAGGCGGCUUUGAUAGUAUGCGCAAGAAGAUCUGGGCCGAGUUCAACGAAGGGGAACACAAGGCGACCUUCACAAAUAUGUUAUUCGAAUUAGCCGAGUCUGAGAUUGACAGGGAGCCCGCGCAUCUCUCGAGAGAACGGGGGAAAGCAGCGACGUUGAUCGAGGGCGCAGUCGACCGAAGCGAUGUCUACAAGAACGUCGAGGCAACGAUCGAGAUGCUGACUGCCAACCACCUACAAACAAUCCUAGACACCAUUCGAGAUGUUCGCCGUCAAGAUGUCGGUGAAGAGAUUGCUGCGCAGGAAGAGCUAUCUGGCAGUAAAACCGACGAAGACUACGAAGCCUAUGUCAAGUCCAAACGCGACGAGCGCGAGAAGAUCUGGCAGGAACAGCUGCGUCAACAGAGAGAGAAAGAGGAAGAGGAAGAGCGUGUCCGAGCGGCAGCAGAGCGCAAGGAGCGGGAACUGCAGCGUGAAAAGGAGGAGGCCGAGAGAGCCAAAGAGAAGGAACGGGAGGCUAAAUGGCGCGCUGAACGGGAACGAAAGCGCGACGAUCAGCGUACCUUCGACGAGCAGAGAGAGAAAGAACGCCAGGAGCGAUACGACAGACGGAGACGAGAAGAUCGCGACAGCAGGUAUCGUGACUGGGACCGAGAUCGAGACAGUGAUUACAGCCGACCCCGUGACCAUAGCCGCUAUCGUGAUCACAGUCGGUACCGAGACCGAGAUCGAUACCGCGAUCGUUCCCCAACUUCUCGUUCUGAACGCGAACAUUCUUCUCGGCCUCAAGGCUCCAGAAGAGAUACGCCGGCGCAGAAAGAACCACCCCCCGCAUCCGCUCCGGCGCCGCCUGUGGAUGAUAAAUUGCUGGAGGAGGCGGCUUUGCAGCUACUCCUGAAAGAAGGGGAGGAGCUAGCCGCCAAGGCACGCCAGAAACCAGAAUUCGACUUCGAAGAAGCGGAGGCCAUCGAAAACGGGUUAAAACCCCCGCUACAGAACAAGAGUGUUACGGAAUCCCGAUAUUCAAAUACUCCAACCAAACCUCAGACAAGAAGUCCUUCCCGGGACCAUGAUCGGCGAAGGCAUGAAUCUAGCGUUGAUAGGCAUGACCGGAGUUGGGGUCGGCAUGGAGAUGACAGCCGCAGCGACUCACACAGACGACAGCCAUCUCGUUACGAUCGAUACCCACCAAGAGAACGGUCAAGAGAAUCCUCCGUUCGGCCUCGUGAUCAUGUCCACGACAUUGAUGACAAGCACUCCGUCCGCGACUACAGACACGAUCGUCCUGCCUAUCGAAGCUACAGGCCCGGUCGUCGAAGCCGGAGUACUUCUGUUGUCGCUCCACGAGACCAUGACAGAAAUCGUGAUCGGGACCACGGCCGUGAACAAGAUCGAAGCGACGAUCGGGGACUAGAUAGGGAUCAGAAUGCUCGUGAUCGAGACCAUAGCCGGGACAGAGACCGAACCGACCGAAAUAGUUAUCGCCCACAGCAUCACCACCGCUCUGACUCUCGCUCAUCUUCUCGUCGUGGAGAGAGAGACCGACCUAGCGAGAAAGAGCGUGACCAUCGAGACCGAGACCGAGACCGAGACCGUGAUCGUGACCGUGAUCGUGACCGAGACCGAGACCCAGCCCGUAACCGAGACCAUGACCGAGACCGAGAUCAAGACAAAAAUCGAGACCAUGGCCGUGACCGAGAUCAAGACAAAAACCGAGACCGCAAUCAUGAGCGUGAACGAAAUAGAGAUCAAGACAAAAAUCGAGACCGUGAUCAUGAGCGUGAACGAGAUAGAGAUAAAGAUAAAAACCGAGACCGAGACCGAGACCGUGAACGUGAACGCGAACGCGGUAAGGAUCAAAACCGAGAGCGUGUUCGGGAUGUUGACCUUGAGCGUGGCCGAGACCGCGAGCAUGAGCGAGAGCAUGAUCGUGAUCGUGACCGCGAACGACACCGAUCGACAUCUCGUCCGUCCAGACGACGAUCAGCGUCACGACGUCGCUCUCGCUCGCGGCGGCGUACGCCUGAUCUCCUUGAUAUCGACCGCUACGUCCCCCCUACAAGUAAUCGAAGCCGAUCACCUCGCCGACGGGUCCGAUCUCCAGACAGAGAAAUUCCCCGUGAUCGUUUUGACAGGUAUAUACCUGAUCGUGAUCGAUGAUCAAGAUGAUCAAGAUAUUAAAGGUUGUAGCUAAGUGAUAAUCAUCACUAGCCUGUAUGAUAAUGUAUCAUAGAUAAUUUGAGUAAUCA